UGAUGUGCCUGUUUUGUGUGUAACAUUUCAUCUGGAUCCUUGUUUAAUAUUGUUUCUGUUAUAAUUUUAGGAGGAGAUCAACCAUUAUUUUGCUUAUACACAAUGUUGUAUAAUGUUGGUUGAGUGUUUACAGCGAGGACAACUCAAAGUUAUUCAACUCGUGUGAGAAGUUCUCUGAGUCAAGGAGGAAAUCUACCAUUAUUUUGCUUAUACACAAUGUUGUAUAAUGUUGGUUGAGUGUUUACAGCGAGGACAACUCAAAGUUAUUCAACUCGAUCGUGUGAGAAGUUCUCUGAGUCAAGGAUUCUGAAGUUGAUAUUUAAAGACAACAAUGGAUCCAUUGAAAGCCAAAGCUAAUUAUUCCAGGGUAUGUCAUUUGUUGGUAGAUAAAGGUGGAGAUGUUUUGAGAAAUGCUUUGCAUGCGGUGCAUCCACCUUCCACCUUAGCUUCCGUAUUGAAUGCAAACAAGAAGACCUUACAGAGAAUACGAUACAGUGUAAUUAAAGCCCCGCAAUGGGAUCUACUCUUCCCAAGAUCUGGUUCACCAGAUUCAAACAACUUUGAUAUUACCCUAUUGACUGUCCUGCUCCGAAAUAUUUGUGGAUUGUCUGCACCAGCCACCGGAUGGAAUGUGAUGCCUCCAGUCACCGAUACUUCCAUAUCUGCAAAUAUUUUAAGAGUCAAAAUGUUUAGAAAUGAAGUCUAUGGUCAUAUUCCGACUGCUGGUUUGGACGACGUAACGUUUGAAACAUUGUGGAAAGAAAUUUCUGUUCCGUUAGUCAAAUUGGGAAUUCCUCAAAAUGAUAUUGAUGAAUUAAAGGUGGCUCCUCUUAGCCCUGAAGAAGAAAGUUAUAUCGAAAGAUUGAAAGAGUGGAAACAACAAGAGGAUGAUUUUAUGUCAAAAUUAAACGAUGUUGAAAGUGAAGUAUUCAAACUUAGAAAGACAGUUGAAAAUGUCCAUCCCUCGCAUGUCGAGCAACUGGCUAAAUUUAACUUUGCUGGAAAGAUUCGUGAGCUUUGUGGAAAAUUUCAAGAUGGCACUAGAAAGUGGUUGUUUGAUGAACUUUCAAGUUGGUUUGGGAGUGUAAAAUCCAGGGUCUUGAUCCUAACUGCAGGUCCAGGCGUUGGAAAAAGUGUUUUGUCUGCAAAGCUUUCCGACCUUUUUAGAGAACGUGGUCAACUCGCAGCUCACCAUUUCUGUGACUUUCGAAAUUCUGAUUCCAGCAAUCCUCAGAGAAUUCUUCAGUCCCUUGCCAGUCAAAUGUGUGAUAAUGUUGAAGGAUUUUGUGAUAAACUAACUGAAAUUCUUCGUCGUGAACAUUCUCGUGACUCGCUGUCAGACGCAUUUCGUGUUCUUUUGAACGACCCCCUCCAUGCCCUUGACAGACACGAUCCAAUGUUGAUCAUCGUUGAUGCUUUGGACGAGAGCAAAACUGACGAGAAAAGCGAAUUCUUGGAGUUGAUAUCUGAGAGAUUUUGUGAACUGCCUGAUUGGAUUAAGAUAUUCAUUUCAAGUCGACCAGAGCUACAAGUACGAAAUAGUCUUGAACAUCUUCACCCGUGUGAAAUCCGUCCUGAUGACGAAGAUCACAACCACGACAUAGAGCUUUUAGUUCGUCAUAGUUUGCCUAAUUUUGAUGAUAAUAGUAUAAGGUCAGUUAUUUCAAAGUGUGAGGGAUCGUUUUUGUACGCUUAUUACUUGGUCAGUGAAUUAAAAGAAAAGGGCGUGGGAAUUGAACCCGAUCUAAGUGAUUACAUCUCCAACGGUAUUUCGGGACAUUACAUAAAGCAGUUCACACGUUUAGAAAGAGGCCUCCAACAUUUCAAGCAAGAUACCUCAUGUCUCUUAAACAGUUUCAUCAAUGUCGUUGCCGUUUCUAAGGAAGCGCUCCCAAUAAAAGUUCUCUUCACAUGCAUGGGUCUUUCUAAAGACGAAUUUAAAAUACGUAAAGCGGUUCUUGACCUAAUGUCAGAGAUUCUUCCAGUUUACGAUGGGUGUCUGACUUUUUAUCAUAAGUCAUUAUGGGAUUGGCUGACAUUGAACGGUUAUGAAGAACAUGCAUUCGUUGCAGAUGUUGAAGACGGCAAUAGACGUCUCUGGCGUGCUUGUAAGAAACAAUUCUGCGAGAUAGAUGCUUUGAAGUCUGUUUUAGAAUUCCAAAUUUCACCCGAGAAUAGGUAUGCUUUGGAAAAUGGUUUGAAAUAUUUGGUCGAUACAGGCGAGGUAGUUGAAUUUCAUUGGUUGGUGCAUGUUGGUAUAAACUUCUUGAAACUAAAAUUUUUUGAUGACCUGAACAAGUUUUUUUUAAGGCGAAUUCUUGACACGUACCGUUCUAAACUUGCCAAGGAUAUUUUUUGGGGUAUCAUUCAACGCGUUUGUUUCUCCCAAAUGGUAACAUUUAGCUUUGGGAUUGGAAUAUUUAAGACUUCUGGAAAAAAUCAUUGUUACCAAUAUUUGCAAGCACUUGCUAAUGGGCACUUUGAUUUUUCACAAGGUGCCGUAAAUUCCAAAAGUGUAGCUAGGGAUAUCUUGGGUGCGACAAAUGAGAUUUGGAUAGAAUAUGUGACAACUGAAAGCAAUUCUAAUUUAAGCAUUGUCCCCCAAACUGCGUUUACAGGCGAUUCACUUUUUGAUAUUUUAAUGUCACCGGACCAGACGAUGCUUGCUUGCUUACAUGCGGAUGAGCGAACAUUUAAAAUGCUUAAAAUACCAGAUCUUACAACUAUCUUUGAGGCACAAUUUACUAGUAAAAAUUUUUUUUGCCAAUUCUCUGCCUUUUCUCCAGACUCUUCAUAUAUUUUAUACAAUUCAAUCCGGUUCUGCAUCAAUAUUAAAGAAAAGAAAGAGGUCCCCUUCAUUACGCACGGCCCCGAUGACAUCAGUCGCUGUUCAUUUUCUUCAUGUGGAAUGAAACUUGUCACAUUAGAGAAAACGUCAAUCAAAGUGUGGGAUGUAAAAAGCAAGAAUAUAUUGGUUGAAGUUGAGAAUGUGUAUGGUGAGCAUUCUUAUUGUUUGUUUAGUAAUUGUAACUCGUACAUUCUUCUUUGGCCAAUGGGUGAGGAAAGAUCUGGUUCCCCAGUCUUACAUUACAUGAACGUCUUGAAUUCUGAAACUUUAGAAAAGAUUGAUAACAAGAAUAUUCGUGUUGAUCAGAAUUUGUGUAGUAAUGAUUCCUUUCAAAUGUUUUCCCCGCCUCAUUCGUUUUCCGACGCGAAUGUUAAAAUGAAAAUGAAUUAUAUCUGUUUGCCAUUUGGUGAGAAAGUUAUAAUUUCCAAUAAAUAUUGUUCAAAAGUCUUUUUGUGGAAAAACAGAAAGUGUGUUGCAUUCGUAAAUGAUUUGAAAAAUGAUUUAGCUUUGCUAGUGUACGAUUUCAUAAAUCAAAAGAUCGUUGACGUGUUUGAGAUUGGAUUUUUGCCUUGGGACACUCGUGUCAAUUACAUUUCGAAAUUAGAUGGGACGAGUUUCCUUUUAUCUUUAACAUUUCCCGUCCAAGUACUCAGUGUUUUAUCCUUCAAAUCUCUUCUCGAAUGGCCUGAUGCUACUUUUGUUGACAAUGCCAAAAUAGUUUGUCGUGCACUAUCUCCAGACACUUUGUAUGUUGCGUGCUGUUUUGAAAAUUUCCUUCUUUCAAUAAGAAGUGUCAAGAGUGGAGAAACAUUGCAAACUGUUGCACUGAAACAACGAGCAUUAGCAUGUUGGUGGUCAGAGUCGUAUCUUUGGUAUGUUUGUGAAGGUCUGGUUGUUAAAUAUCGUUAUGAACCUAGGAGGGAAAAUAUCUUAGGAAGUCAACAUGCAGAAUCUAUUGUAGAUUUUGAACGUGUCCUUGCAUUUAAAAGUGGAGUUCUUGUGAUUUACGGCGAUCGGAAACUGUAUAUUUUAAAAAUCUGUAACGAAAAACUGUGUCAUCAGGAAACGCCGUCAUGUAGGUUUACUGACCCUUCUGUCGCAAUAAGUUCUGAUGGGUGUGCUGUUAUGUUAUUAUUGUGUGAUUUCGUCGUUUCACCUUAUGAAUUGUGGGAAAUAAAAUGUGGCAACACAUGGAUUGUACGUUCAACCGGAGAGUUGGGUCAACUGGAUAUUCGUUGGUGGUCUUUAUCUGGUACAAAAACGGCUCGCAAUGCAGUGUUCUUGACAAGAGAUGAAUUGUCUAUAUUUUGUUUACUUUCUAUUAGUUUCCCAAAUGAUGCGCAAAAUUUUCAUAACCUUCCUAUUAGAAACUUUACAGUGGCUUCUUGUAUCGAUUCUGAUUUGAUCGCUAUUUUCGAAAGAGAUUGGAUACAUUUCGUUAAGGUGUCGGAAGGCAGAAUCAUAGCUUCCAGAGACGUUCGUGAUUUUUCCCUUUUUAGAAGUGUAUUUCCUUUCUUUCUUCCAUCAACGCGUUGCCUUCUGUUCGUUGGCAGAAAUGUCAACAAAUAUUUCAAAAUUCAUAAUAUUGAAAAGUAUUUCUAAGAUUUCCUUUCUUGAUGUAAGUAGUUUAGAAUCCGAUUUCUUGUUUAAAUGCGAAAACCACGCGUAAAUCAAAACGUUCAGCUAUGGAACGUCCUGAAAUGCGAAAACCACGGAAAUCGUUGAAACGUUUUUUUUAGUUUUUCCUUUCGUGAUGUAAAUUGUUAAGCACGGAAUUUCUUCAGUGUUUUUAACGGCGAAUCGCACGUAAAUUGUCUGAUAUAUACAUAUAUAUUUAAAAAAAAGCGAAUUAACUUUAACAUAGUCAACGGAUUUAACAAACACGGAAGCGUCUAUGAAAACGUUUGAACUGUGUAAUAUUAGUACAAAAAUAUUUUUAAAAUAUAUUUUGUAUCCAAGAGAUUUUCCUGCUUUGGGUUUUUAUAACCUGCGUGUGUGAUCGAUUAAUUCACAUACUUCCUUUGUGUACUUGUGAUAAGCGUACAUGAAUAUUCAGCAUCUUACUUGUUAAGCGAUCAGUUUAUUCUACACACAGUGGUUCAGUAUAAUAGCCCUCUUUACUUGCUUUACAGUUCCUAACGGAAGACGAUGAACGAAAAAUCCUUCUAUAAUUAACCUGGAUCAUUAUUACAUGUUUUUCCGCUUUGAGUAAAAAAAGGCUUUAAAAAACCCCAAAAAAAUUACGUUGUGACUAAAGGAAUAUAUUUUCAAUUGUUUAUGUUAUUUUCCUGAACACUAAAGGUGUAGCUGUCACUAGAUUGGAAAAUAUGAUUUCUUCCAUUAGAAAUUAAAAUCUGAAAGAAAAUAUUUUCGUAGCGAGGAAAAAUGAAGGAUAUUUUUGUUAAUCUUUCUUAAUUUAGUCAGAGACUUGAGUUAAGUGAAUAACAAGAUCUAAAAUAGCUGGAAUGAGUAAUUAAUCAUGGAUAUCUUUCCUUUGAGAAUUAGUUUUCUGUUUUGUCAGGCAAACGUUUAUCAGAAGUUUUUAGCAUUCCAUUUUUAUAUUCUAAAGCAAUUUUUGAAGCUCCUCUGGAAGAUAAAGUACAUAAACCUUUUGGAAGAGGAGAAAGAAGCCUGUGGCGAUGCACAAUUUCUUGGCGUGGUCAGGCUAUAAUCAGAUCUUAUUUUUUUCCAAUAUCAAAACCAUAUUUAUUUCAUGUCACAAGAUACAAAAGACGAUGUUUCCUUCAUUCAAAAUUUAGAAGUAAACAAAUUAUUCUGGAAUUUUUGCAGUAGAAAACCUGACUAGCCUCGUUUUUGUGUAUCUCGCAAUAGGCCUCUUACUCUAUUUCGAAUAGGUCCAUGCAUAGUGAUGUGAACCCGCGUCAUUAUGUAAGGGGUGGAUUGCAUGGGCGAGGCUGGCCCGUUCCCUAUAGUUUAUUAUAGUCAAUUCAAACGUUUCGGUUACAUGCAACCGGUUCAGCUCGCGCUGUGGUUGUGUCAAGCGGGCCAGCUCGGCUUGCCAAUAUGGGCGUGGCGAUUGGGGAGAGGGGUGUAUGUGAGGGGUUACUUGAAAUCGUUUCAGACAAGCAAACUGGCCUAAAAGCACAAGAAUGAAACUAUGAUACCCAGGUAUUAUAGUUAAUGAUAAAAUAAGUUGGUCAAAUUGCUUUGUUAUUUGUAAGAAAAUUGAUCAAAUAUACAACUGCAACAUUUGUUUCAGUAUUUAUGAAUAUUUAAUGCUUGUGAUACUCGUAGAAAAGUUUACCAAUCUCCUACACCCAUGUCAUACACAAAUUUUCAUUUCCAUUAUCAAAAUUGGGACAAUAUUACGUGACACCCCCUGCAAUCCUAGCUCGUUUGCCACGCCCCUGCUAAGUUGCCGGGGUAGAAGUUUGCAUGUAGUCGUUUCAGGCCCGCAAAUUAAAUCACAAGAAUGAAUAUAAUACUAUAAAACCCAGGAAGGAGCUUGUAGGUACACCACGUAAGUAAGUAUUGUAGUUGUUUGUAGUUUAAAUAUGACUCGAUGCUGUCGUUGUAACGGCAAUGGACGGUGUAGACAAAGAAUGUGUUUGUGCAAAGAGCGAUCCAGUUUGCACUAAUUGUAAGCCUGGAAAAAACAAACGAUGCGAAAAUAAAAAAGCAGCUCGUCAUUUUGUAGAAACUGUUAUGUUUACGAGAAAGUUUUGAACUGCUUCUGAUAUCGCAAUGACCCAGCCACGGGAAGCAUAUA